AUGGCGGAGCUUCAACAUGGCGGUGAGAACAGCGAGGCGCACUUGUGUCCGAUUUGUUUGAAGACGUUUGGUCGGAAGGACUUGCGAGAUCGCCAUCGCCGCCGGUGCGAGAAGUCGAUCGGCAAGGCCAAGCAGGUCAAGAAGAAGGCAUGUGAGCGAUGCAUUGGGUCCAAGGUCAAGUGCGAUUACGAGAAGCCUGCGUGCGGACGAUGUCUGUCACGCUCCGUGGCCUGCGAAUACAAACUGGAACCGCAGAUCCGCAUGCCAGCCGGCCAUGUCCCCGGGCUGAGGUUAUCGACAGCCAUUCCAGCGCAACAGGCCCUUCCCAACGCCCACGGGGCCGACGACGAGAUACAGGCUCUCCUUUCCACAUCCGGUCCAGAUACGGCAGACGUCUUUAGCAUCACAACCCGGCAUCAAACUGGUGUGUCCAAUCAGGGCAUGGGACAAGAUACGGGCCCGGCCUACCUCUGGCUUCCACAUACGAACCUCACGGAGCAACACCAUUCGGCGGAGGACGCGGCAAGCAACUUCCGCAUGCAGGCGCCCAACUCGGACAUUGGCUCGAUGGACACAUCUCCCACAAUGGAUCUGGGGUUGAUGGCUGACGACCGCUGGAUGCCGGAACUACUCGACCCGGCUCUCUUUCCGAGCGAUCAUAGCCAUAACACGAUUCCGAGCCCAAACCCUGACCCGAUCACCAGGCAGCGCGAGAAACCACCCGGCAGUAUCUGCAGCAACGGCGGCGGCGGUUCGCCCGCCUCAAGCGUGGGAACAUCUGGGACGAUGGCCACCAACAAGCGCCGACGGACGUCAUCCCCAACCCGCGACGCAGCCAGCGACUGUGGCAGUCUGACCAGUCCCUUACUCGUCCACUGCCAGCCACGACUGAUCGUACACGGCCGCGGCUCAGCCGACGACACAAAUGGGGCCGGAGUAGGGGGCGGCAGUUCCCUGAGCGAGCUGAUCCAAGCAGCGCGCGGCCAGACAACAUGGCAACGGCAGCGGCAGCGAGGGAUGAUCGCGCUGGAGGAAGCGGUGCGGAUGACGGCGGAGUAUCCGCUGCGUAUGCUGUCGACAACAUUCCGUUCACCGUUCAUCCACCCGCGACUGUGUCGGCAAUCACCGCGGGGGAUGCCGGAGCCAAUCGCGGUGGCACUGGCGUGUGUUGGGAUGAAGCUGCAUUCGGAGGAGAGUGGGUUGCGGUUUGUUUGUGACAUUUUUCGGGAUCAGCGGGACAAGCUGAUCAAGGAAUUGCCCACACUAUCCGACAACCACGAACAGGUCUGCGCCAGCCUACACGCCAUGUGCAUCUACCAGAUCGAGGGACUGCUAUCCGAGAACCGGUACAACUCCAAGCUCGCCACCGCCGUUCUCCACCACGAGUAUCUCGUCCGAGCCACCCGCCGCCUCAUCAAACGCCUCCAAACCACCACCACCUUCCUCUCCACCCCUCUCUCCACCUCCAACAGCAACCCCGACUGGGACACCUGGGCCAUCCAGGAAUCGUUGCGACGCUCCAUAUUUUUACUCGUCAUCAUCCACCACCUACUCGGCAUUACCAGGACGCUUGACCCGGCAUAUUUCGAGCCGCUGCUCCCGCCUGGCGUAGCGGAGAGCAUUGUGCUGCCUUGUGAGGAGGCGCUGUGGGUGGCAGAGACGCGGGAGGAAUGGAUGGAGGCGAGGCGGAAUUAUUUGGAAGAUGCGGAGGGGAAUAGUGGGACCAAUAGAAGGGAUGCGGAAGGGGAUGAGGACAUGGGGAUGGGGACGGAAGAAAGGGGGUCGGUGUUAGAGGGCUUGCCGGAGUUGACGAGGUUGAUUGUUAGUGUGGUGUCCGUGGAGGUCGAUAGGGAGUAA